GGUUGAUCUGUGAAAAAUGAGUUGGAUGCUUUCCAUCUGGGUGGCCGCGGCCCUGCUGGCUCUCUGUGGGGGACAGAACACUGUGCAUGAAGGAAAUCACCUGUCUGGCUACCAUCUCUGUAUUCACAAUGAGACAAGGAUUGUGAGUUUCCUGGUGAUGCAUGAGGUCCCCUAUACUGUGACAAAGCCUUGUGGUGGCUGGCUCCUCUGGAAGACAUGUACAGUCACACUUUACAGGAUGACCCAUCAGACUGAGUACAAGACAGUGAUGGAGCAGGUGACCAGGUGCUGCGAGGGCUACGAACAAGUCGGUCAUUACUGUGCCCUGCCUGUAAACAGGAGUGGUGAGUUCACUGCCAAGCCAGGAUCCUGUCCAACCGCAGAUGGAUUGCAUCCCGGAUCUGUGGACUGUGAGUGGGACAUGGACUGCCCAGGAUGGCAAAAAUGCUGCCAGAGAUUGGGUCGCUCUCUCUGCAUUGAUCCUGCAAGUUUAGCAAAUUAUUCUGAGAAUGGAGGGUACCGUUUGAACGCAACAGUGACAGUGAAAGCUGAUUACCAGCAACUGAUGUCCAAGGAUAGAGGAUCUUUGGAUCACACACGACUGCUACAAGCAAUGGUGACUGGAGCUCUGCAGUCUGAAGUUUCAGUUUAUUACCUCAGCUCAUGGCCUGUUCAUCCCUACAGAACUGCCACCUCACUGCUGAUCGAGUACAACUUUACUCUUUCACUGCACAAUGUCACAUCAAAGCUGCAUCUUCUCCUCAAUGACAUACAGGAGGUGUCAUAUGUAACCGUGGAAGAUGUAGAUGAGUGUGCACAGUCUGCUCUCCGUCAGUGCUCCCCUCAGGCAGACUGCCAUAACACUGUGGGCUCCUACCAUUGUGCCUGUCACCAAGGAUAUAUUGAUGUUGACCCCGGCAACCCUGGAGCCCGCUGUACAGCUGACGCCAGGGUGUCGACUACCACAGAACCCCCGCUUACCUACCUUCCACCCAUGAACGCAACCUACAGCCCAGCUUCCACCACCACACAGGACCCUCCCGGCAACAGCACCAUAGGUAUCUCCAGCUCCACUGAGCCCAAUAUGACUGCGCUGAGUAAUACAAGCUAUGUCUCUUAUAAUUCAUCACAUGCUCUGCAGUGGACAAGCUCUGCACCUUAUACCAGCAUGAGCUCAACUGUGGAGUCACCUCUGCCAACAACCACAUGCUCUCCUCCCAGCAUCACCAGUUUAUGGUCAGCUAAUGUUACUGGAACCUCCUUCUGUGUCCACUGGUCCAGCCAGUUUCAAACAAACCAGACUUACCAGGUUGUUGUAAGCAAAGGGUCAGAGGUUAUUCAUUUUGGGGUAACCAGUCAGACCACAAUGAAGGUAAGGAGACUGCACCCCGGGGUUCUCUACGACGUCACUGUGACACCUCAUGCCUGCGGCGGACAAGGAGUUGCCGUUCGUGUAUCUGUCAAGACUGAUGCUCAAACUCUUCACGCCACAACACGACUUACCAAUAUCCAGUUCACUGAUGAUCUGCAGAACACCAGCAGCCAGGCCUACAAAAACCUCACAGAGAGUAUUAUAGAGGAGAUCUACCAGUCUCUGUCUCCAGAGAUGAGGGCCAUGGUGGAUUCAGGCCAGAUGAGAAUCGAGAUCAGAAGCUUUUCUCCAGGGAGUGUGGUGGUCAACUUCACCAUCACCUUCAUCCCCAGUGAAAGCCAAGACAACAGUAAUGUAGCCACAGCUGUGCUGCACUCCCUGAUGAAUAGCACCAAAUACACUGUGGAUGAAAACAACACACACAUAAACGACUGGAAUGAAUGUGCUUCAGGGGAAAAUGACUGUUCCCAGUGGGCUACAUGUACAAACACCAAUGCCUCCUACACAUGUGUUUGCCUUGACGGAUUUAUAGACAAGACCCCAGAAAGGCCUGGACGAGCCUGUGAAGCAAUCCCUACCUCGGAGACAAUGACACCACCACUCAUACCCACAACUUUUUCUACAGUUAGAGCUACCCCUUUCUCUCAAAUAACUCCCCCUGCUCAAACUACAACCAUUUCUAGCACUGCAACCACCGCAACUGCCCCAACAACAACUAUUCCUCCUACAGCUACCCUGACUACCCCAACGGACACCGCUACCUACACGGCAGCCACCCCUAAUGCAACGACAUCCCUGAGUUUUACCCCUACAACCCUAACGGACACCGCUACCUACACGGCAGCCACCCCUAAUGCAACGACAUCCCUGAGUUUUACCCCUACAACCCUAACGGACACCGCUACCUACACGGCAGCCACCCCUAAUGCAACGAUAUCCCUGAGUUUUACCCCCACUACCCAAACAGACACCGCUACCAACAUGACAGCUACCCCUGCCGCAACAACAUCCCUGAGUUUUACCCCUACAGAACCAACGGACACCACUAUCUACGCGACAGCCACCCCUGCUGCAACGACAUCCCUGACAUUUGCCCCUACAACCACUGUUACCAACCCCACUACAACAACCUCAGCUCCUACCAGAGCAUCUACGCAAGGAGCCAUCUCAGUCCAGUGCAGGGUUCCUGCCAUCACUGUGACAGUUAGCAGGGAUUUUCUUCGGAGGGCCAAGAUCAUGGAAAGUGCCCUACACUUGGGCUUGCCGGAAUGUGGCGUUAACGGAGGCAAUGACACCCAUGCCCAGCUGACAGUAGCCUGGAAUGAGUGUGAGACUAGACUUGUGCAUAAUGAAACCUACUACACGGCAUCUGUGACCCUGUUCAACACCAUGGAUCCGUACACCUCACCCAAUGGAACUGUGGAGGUACCCAGAGUACGGCUGCAGGUUCCCAUCAUGUGUACCUACAUGAAGAGCAUGCUCACCUUAGCUGACUACAGCUCCAUGGGGUAUGACGUGAUCAAAGAUGUCGUCAUGGGCUCGGGGUCGUUCAAGGUGACGGUGCAGCUGAUGAAGGAUGCAAUGCGUCUACCCCACAACUACAGCUUGUCCCCUGAGGAGGCUGUGGUGCUGGAGGUUAGCCUCAAUACAUCAUCAGAGCAGAUUAAAGUAGUCAUCAACAAAUGCUGGGCCUCCUCUACUCCAAACCCUGCUGACAACUACAGCCACAUCUUCAUGGAGAACAGCUGUUCCCUGAACACGUACACCAAAGUGUUGAUGAACGGAAACUCCAGCACAUCUCGUGUGUCUGUUCAGAUAUUAUCCUUCGUCAACCUGAGCAUGAUCUAUCUGCACUGCCAGGUCCACGUCUGUUUAGUGAUAGGAUCGACCACUUGUGUGCCUAACUGUCUACAAAGAACAGCUCAGUCUUCAAACAGGAUUGGAACAGCUUUCGGUUCUUUCGGCCCUCUGCUGAGGUCAGGUAAAGAGCCCUUGGAGCAGGAAUACGACACUCUUCACAUAGUUGGAAUCGCCUGUCUUGGAGUCGGCGUGACGCUCCUCUUCAUCAUUGGCUUCGCCUGCCUUUUUUUCUACCAAAGGAACCGCAUUGGACACUACAACUUUAGCAUGAAGCCCAAGCAGGAGAACUUCACAUACCUUGUCUUUAACACCUAGGACUACAGGAGCACCCACAGCCAUCGUCAUAGGAAAACAUUCCGGCAGCAGCAGCAGCAUGCAUUUGGUAGGCUAUUACAGUACGGCUGCCACCAAGUGGCACUGUUGCACCACUCAUAUAUUAGUUCUCACCAAACAUUGCACAUAUUUGCACAUUAUACAAACAGUGAAGUACAGAAUAUAUUAAAAAUGAUAACUUGAUAGAGUAGUUGCAUACUGGAAUGUGAAAUAUACAGACUAUAACUAUUUAAUGAAUAUUUAACAUUAGAACAAUACCCAUUGAGUAUGGAGAAUGUUUCAGUACAUGGUUCACUUCCAAAUUUAUAAUGUAACCAUACCAGCUUGAACUGCAUAUAGUUGUGUAAAUUAUAAUUUGUAAUGUAGUGAAAUAUGCUUAAUAUACACCAUCUGCAAUACCAGUCAAGCACAGCUAGCACUUUAUUUGGUUUUAGCUGCUAUUAUCUUGUUGUAUUUGCACUGAAAUAUUCAUUCUGUUCUCACUUGUGGUGUGACAAUAAACAUGUCCUGUAUGAAUUCAGACA